AUGCCUGCACCGUGUAAUGGAGUCUCAGUUGGUGAGCGGCCAUUGAGAGGGAAGGGAGCCCUGCUGAGAGGGGUCAGGGGGGCCUGGAACGGAGCUCCGUCUGCCGCUUUACCGAUUGUUUUGCUCACGGUUUCCGUUUUUCCUCGGCAGUGAGUUGACUUUACCGCUUGUAAACUUGUUUUAUUUUUUUAUUUUUCGACGUGACCCUUCGUUGAAGGUUGGCCCGGGGAAAUGGAGAUGAAGAAGCGCAUCACCCUGGAGUUGAGGAACAGAACCCCGGCUAAGGUGUCGGAGCUGGUUCUAGACAACUGCCGGUCAAGUGAUGGGGAGGUUGAAGGCUUAAGCGAUAGCUUUAAGGAGCUGGAAUUCCUCAGUAUGGCAAACGUAGAACUCUCUUCUCUGGCAAAACUCCCACAGUUGACGAAACUCCGAAAAUUGGAACUCAGCGACAACAGUAUCUCUGGAGGGCUGGAAGUAUUAGCGGAAAGGUGUCCUAAUCUCACUUACCUGAACCUGAGUGGUAACAAGAUUAAGGAUUUGACCACAGUGGAAGCCCUUACAAACUUAAAAAAUCUGAAGAGUUUGGACCUCUUCAACUGCGAAAUUACCAACCUAGAAGAUUACAGAGACAACAUAUUCCGCAAACUCCCGCAGAUCACAUACCUGGAUGGGUUUGAUCAGGAAGAUAACGAAGCCCCUGACUCUGAAGAGGACGAAGAUGAAGAGUGUGAGGACUUCGAGUAUCUGGAGGAUGAGGAUGAAGAAGCUGGCCCUCCUGAAGAGGAAGACGAGGAAGAUGAGGAGGAAGGGGAGUCUGAUUUAGGAGAAGAGGAGGAAGAAGUGGGUCUCUCAUACUUGAUGAAAGAAGAAAUACAUGAUGAAGAAGACGACGACGAUUAUGUUGAAGAUGGUGGGGAAGGAGAGGAGGAAGAGGAUGAAGAUGAAGGAAAAAUGGGCAAGCGUAAGGAUCUGAGCGACUUGAGCAACUUUGACAAGGGCCAGAUUGUGAUGGCGAUGCGACUGGGGGAGAGCAUCUCCAAAACGGCAGGUCUUGUGGGGUGUACCCGGUAUGCAGUGGUUAGUACCUACCAAAACUGGUCCGAGGAAGCCCAACCUGGGAACCGGCGACAGCUGAUCGAAGAGGAGGUAGCAGUCGAACGGGGGGAGAAAAGAAAACGGGAUGCAGAAGAUGAAGGGGAGGAGGACGAGGAUUGAGACUGUAUUUGUGGGAGGCUAGGACCAGUCUCUUCUCUGAGCCCUGGGGUUGAUGCUAGAAUGAUAAUGCAGAUCUGUAUGUCUCUACAUGUACAAUAGAUGUCCCUACAGAAUUUAACAUGUAACUUUUUUUAUAGGAAAAGGUGUGGUUUUAAGAUUUUUGUGCCCUUUUUAUCAUUCCAAAUAAAACAUGAGGAUCCUUGUAAUAGUAAUCUCAACUAGAAACUUCCUUCACACCCCCCUUUGUCAUGCAGUGUGUCCCAGAGAGCUCUCCCACAAGGAGUAACUUUUUGGGAAGGAAGGGGUUAUCCGUUGGUGUUCAAAUGUGGAGUGAUACCCCUGUGUUUUUUCUGUUUGACAUGAGGCAAAAUUUGAAGACCAUUGGAAGCAUAAUCUAGCGGUAACUGCAGCUUAAAUAUGCGCCAAAUCCAUUUAAGAUCUUUUGCUAGAUGCAAGGCCUGGCCAGUUACUCAGGUGGACGGGUGUCUGGCAAUGGAUUGCUCCUGCCUGCUGUGUGACAAGUGAUGCUGCCCAUUGGGAAUGCAUUGCAUCCUGGGAAAUGCAAGUUUCCCACACCGAAAACAUUGUUCUGGGUGCUCAGAGAAGGGUGCAUUAAGUGGUGUCUUUUAGGGAAGACUUUAUGUAAGGAGUUGGGAAAAGGGCCUAUCAAUAAGGACAAUCAUUGCUUUUAAUAACCAUGAAAGACGCCUCUCCUUUGGAUAAAUCAGUGGACAGAAACGUCUGACUUGUAACCUGGCUUAAAAGGAGUCUGUCCGCAUUUCUGAGCAUGCAAAAUGGUUGACUGUGAGCCCCCUGUCUUGGGAACAGGAGCUAUGAGGAAUAAACUUCAUAUUCUCACUGCUCCUGAUGAAAAAGAAAAUCGCCAGUGCUGUCAGUUUAGCAUGAUCAAAAGUGCGCAGAGACCCCUACCAAUCGUUAGAACUAGGGGAGAGAAGCGCUCAUAUAUCGCUCUCUCCUCGUUGCAGAGAUGGGGCCCGUAGACUUCUACGGAGCCGAUUUCGUGCAGCGUUGAGAGAGCUUGAUAUGCGAGCGCUUUGCUCUGUUCUAGUGACCCUUUAAAAUGAGCAUUUGGCUGAAAUUAUGGACAGUAUGUCUAAUCCAUCUGCAGCCGCCUUUAGGAUGGCUGCUGUGUGAAACCAGACCCUCUAAAUUAGGGCGCAUU